AUGGCCUCGGUGAAUCAAUUCUUGGCUGGUGCAGUUGCAAUAGCAGGCCUACUUCUCCCUUGGUUCCUGUUUAUGGCCAAAAGCUCCAAACAAUCGAACAAAGUAUGGACUCAGCUUGAUGUUGUCGGCAUUUCUCCUGGUGAUGGGGCUCUCUCUUGGGCUUUUGCUCUCGCAAAGUCAGUGAUAUCAAUGCAAGGGACAAUGUGUGAAGGGUACGAAAAGUUUUCAAAGGCUAACAAACCAUUUGCCCUUCCUACCAUGUGGGUCGGGGGAGCUGUCUUAGUGCUUCCCCCCUCUAAGCUGGGGCUUCUCAACAAACCUAGAAACGAGCUAUCUAGUUUCAAUGCAUUGCUCGAGAACGCCCAAUUUCAAUACCUAAUGUCUGACAAGGAUGUCUGGGGAAACACCAUUCACUUCGAUAUCGUUCGCCGCCACCUAAGAGAGAAAGAUAUGAGUUCCCUUACGAAGAUACUAUUUGAAGAAUGGCAAGGGGCAUUUCAAACAUACUGGGGAGAUUCUAAGGAGGGCAGGGUUAUCCAAGCGUGGGAUUCCAUGGUACGAAUCAUUGCCCGGGCAUCACUCCGCAUCAUGGUUGGACUUCCUGGAUGUCGAGAUGAAGACUAUUUGGAGCAGUCAAUGUUGUAUGCCAAUGCCGUCUUGGUGGACGCUUGUCUUAUCAAUUGUCUCCCUCCUGGGAUGCGGCCAAUGGCAGGCCCAUUAAUCGCCUUGCGUGCCAAAUAUUAUGAGCGAAAGCUAUUGAAAAUUUUGAUACCACUUGUGGAAGAGCGACUUUUUCAGUACCGUCAUGUGAAAGAAAGUCAGAGAGAUGGCCAGGGCGACGUAAUCCGGUGGCUCAUUGAAAUAUCUGAGAAUUAUGGACCGGAGCAGCUAGCCGCGAAAAAAAUAGCUGGUCGCAUCCUCGCCCUCACUUCCAUGUUCGUCUUUGCUAUCGGUUGGGUUUUUGUCCAUGUUGUACUUGAUAUCCACUGCAGUUCUUCCAGAGAUGAGAUUGUCAGCACCUUGAUUGCCGAAUGUCAAAAGGUCUCUGCCCAAUACCAAGGACUAUCAAGCAAGGAGGCAAUUGACAAACUAUACUGUCUUGACUCUGCCGUGCGUGAGUCCAUGCGCCUCAAUGACGUGAUGGUACAUCUGCUUCCUCUGGAUAUUAUCUCUGGUCAACCAAUCAAUAUCGGCGAGGCAAUCCAAAUUUCCGCUGACUGCGGACUUCGAACCGUUUUCCCUGCCCAGAUGGUUCACCAUGAUCGGGACAUCUAUCAAAAUCCUGAACACUUUGAUCCUUUUAGGUUUUCGCGAGAGCAUGAAACAUUAUCCAACAAAGAGCCAACCAAAACUAAGAGGGAGUUUAUAACUACUUGGAAGUUACAAAAGCCCUGGAAAGAGAGCCUCACUGCUUAA